AUGCUACGAAGAGGCGUAGUCAAAGCCAUUUGCCCGAAGAUAUGGUAUUCUAGUGGCACUUCUGGACCUUUAGGGGUUGAUCGUGGACCUCCAUUGUCUACUCGAGAACCCCCCCAUGGUAGUAGCUGUGACUAUGACAGCGACCAUCAUUACACUGGAAAAGAAGUGGCCUUGACAGACCCCUUUGAAGUAUACUUGAACAAUGUGAGAGGUGGGCUCUUGGAACGUGACGAACAGCAGUUGAGAACAAUGAAAGAAAUCCAGAAGCUCUUCUACCGCGUUAGAGACUACACUCCACCUGCGGAGUUGGGGAUACGGACUCAACUACUUCUCUUGGAGUUAAAGCGAAGAACCAGACGAGAAAACGAAUAUUCAAACUCAAACUCAAGCUUGUGGAUACGAUACGCUACCUCUGAAGCGACCAAUAAACGAAAGAAGAACGAGGUCAUCAAGAGUUUAAGCGAUUUAGACGAUAGUGUGAUUCACAGUCCCCAGGGUUUAUUAGUUAACGGAGAGGUAGGUUGUGGGAAGUCAAUGCUUAUAGAUAUAUUUGCAUCGUGUUUGCCUCACAAGUCUAAGAUGAGGUGGCAUUUCCACAACUUCAUACUAUGGGUAUUCAAUGAGAUGCAUAUACUUCAAACCAAAAGAGAUCUGAAGAGAAUAAGAGAUGAUGAAAAUGACUUGAUGUUGUUUGAAAUAGCCCAAAAAAUGAUCAUGAAGAACACCGUCUUGAUUCUUGACGAGUUUAUGCUUCCAGAUAUUGCGGCUGCCAAUAUCAUCAAGUAUUUGUUCACUUAUUACUUCAGAUUGGGGGGAGUAUUGGUUGCAACAUCAAACAAAUUACCUGAAGAUUUAUACUCCAAUGACUUUAAUAGGAGGCAAUUCCAUGAUUUUGUAGGUAUACUUCAUUCCCGAUGUCAGACAAUUGACAUGAGAUCAAACAAGGAUUACAGAUCAAUUUACAGCGGUGACGGUGAGGGUGCUUCAUCCAAUAUAAUCGCCAGGAGUCAGGCUGGUGUUACUCACGAGGCUAAAUGGCAGGAAAUGAUCAAAAAGAUCAACCCCUCCGGCCAAUGGGGUCCGACUACAGUCUCAGUGUUCAACAGAAGUAUAACAUUUGAUAAGACUAAUGGUGAAACAUGCUAUGUUGAUUUCAAGACCAUCUGUGAACAAGACAAUGCUAGUAGUGAUUACAUUACUUUACUGUCGCAUUUUCAUACGGUCAUCAUUGAUGAUGUGCCUAAGCUCACAAUCAAGAAGAAGAACGAAGCCAGAAGAUUCAUAACGUUGUUGGAUGCGUUGUACGAACAGAAAUGCUCACUAGUACUACGAUGUGAGGUGCCCAUUGAUGAACUCUUUUUUUUCAACGGUGUAGUUGAAAAAGAGUCAGAUAUGUUAGACAGUGAAUCAUUCGCUCGGGCUACACUUGACUCAUCGACACCUUAUCGACCCAAUGUAUCAUUUUACAAUCAAGUCGAUGAGUUCAGUGAACCAACAACAACAACAUCGUCAAGUACUAGUACCAAAAACUUUGGCGAUCUCACUGCCUUCACCGGCCAAGAUGAGUUGUUCGCAUACAAGAGAGCAGUACUGCGAUUGAAGCAGAUGGUGGCAUGGAAGUCAUGUGACAGGCAUUGGAAACCAUUAGACUCGAGCAUGAGACCUUGGGAAACUGAGCCAAAUCAAGAACAUAAGGGUACACAUAAAAAAUCAGCAACAGAUACCUGUACCCAACAGACCAGAGGCACCUCAGUUCCAUAG